AUGGGCAAUAACAACACAAAAGAGUCUCGCUCCGAUUAUCCCGAGGGCUACUCCGAUGGCCGGGAGCGACGCUUUGAGAUGGGAGACUCCCGCGGCGCCUUGGGGGAAUCACGCCUUCUGCCAGGGAGGGCUGAGCGUAGCUUUCUCAGCAUAGGAAGUGGCUCUUCGGCUCGAAACAGAGACCGACCGGAUGCCCCGUUCGAACAUCGCGAGACAAAGCAAGAACGAGAGGCUAGAAAGCUUGAGCGCGAGCGAGCCACGCGAGCCCAAGAACGUGAACGGAGUAUAAGAGAUGAACACGUGGACGGAGGCUAUCUUGUCACCAUGGGAACCUAUGUCGGGACUGAGGAUUUCAAUAAGGCUGUUGUCAGACAGCUGCAGAUUGAACGGAAGUUGGCUCCCUUUUGGCGCGGCCUCAACGACUGGUCCUCUACCUGGGCUGAACACCAGCUCAUUGCGGUCGCUCGUGGUCUGGACCCCCCAGCGGCCGAUGCGCCUCCUGAUCCUGCGUUGAUGCCUCGACCGCCGCCACCAUCAAGUGAUUUCCUCGCCGGCCCUAGCCUUAGCAAUCUGACGGUAGAGAUGGGACCAAGGACGCUCUCAACUGCCUCAGAUGUUAGUGGCUCAGGCGCAAACUCAGCGUUGCCGUCUCCAUCAACGGCUGGGCCCUUGAAGGGCUCCAUCAAGCCGAGGGCGAGAGCAUUAGCUGCCGCCUUGAGUGUGGGCUCCCGCAAUGCAUCCUCCACUGACUUGGGCCCCAAGGAGAUUCAGCUUCCCCACGAUCCCUUUGUCAACGGCCAACCGCUCGAGGUUAAUCUUUACAAAUCUACAGAAGAAUGCCCCAUUUGUUUCUUGAUGUAUCCUCCUUACCUCAACCGUACAAGAUGCUGUGAUCAGCCGAUUUGCAGCGAAUGUUUUGUCCAAAUCAAGCGAUCCGACCCUCAUCUUCCCGAGCACCACCCCAACGGCGAGGCGCGAGAUCCAAACGAGGGUCUUUCUGCAGAGGACUCUCCUAAUUUGCUUACAACAGAGCCUUCUGCCUGUCCCUACUGCCAAAUGCCCGAGUUUGGCGUUACAUACGAACCACCUCCCUUUCGACGCGGCUUGGCUAUUGCGCCAACAGCGACUUCCACCACCGCCUCCAACACCGCCAUGUCUUCUCAAAGCUCCCUCAGCUCUACUUUAGUUCCGGGUACUGCGACGGCUGGGCGGAGGAGGGCGCAUAGUUUGUCCGUCAACGCACCCAACGUCAUCACCACUGAUCGUAUCCGACCGGACUGGGCUACCAAGCUGGCCGCGGCGCGUGCGCAUCAGGCACGUCGUGCUGCAGCGGCCACUGCUCUCCACACCGCAGCCUUUUUGAUAGGAGGCAAUGAGUCUCGGUCCAGGAUACGUACCAGCAGGUUUGGUAGGAGAAAUACGGGGAGCAGCGGCGGCACAACCACUCCCGGAGGAGGACAAAACGCGGGCGGAACCGAGGCUACGGAGGGCCAGGAGCUUACCGAGAGGACGCCAAGCCGGAAUCCAGAUGGCACUCGUCGUCCUCGUAUGGAAGAACUCGAGGACAUGAUGCUCAGGGAGGCGGUUCGACUGUCUCUUGCCACCGAAGAAGAACGAAAGCGCAAGGUGGAAAAGGCACUUCAAAAGGAAGCCAAGAAGCGAGAAAAGGAGCGUGAAAAGGCGGAGCGAAAAGCUCUAAAGAAACAGGGCAAAGAUCCUUAUGGGGGCGGCCUCAGCGGAGCCAGUGGAAGUAGUUUCUCCUUGAGCCUGGGCCGUAAGCGAGGCAAUAGCGCAGCCAGCGAGCUCAGACUCGAGGCAGCAAUGCAGGCGGCAUCGCAAUCAUCCAAAGGACCAGAAGCUCCGGAUCACGAUAAGAAGACAGAAAUCGCCGGUGACAAGGGCAAAGGGGUUGAUCGAGGGCCGCAGCCUCAAUCUGGCGCAACGGAAGCGACUUCAUCAGCUUCGCUUCCCAUUCCAACCUCGAGUCCCCGAGCAGGGUCGCAUCUAAGGCAUAUGAGCAAUGCAUCCUCACUUGGCUCUUCGUCAGCGGAUAGUCCUUCAGGGAGCUAUCCUGGGCAGGGAUUGGUCGGUUCGGAUGCUAAUGCUGCCAAGAGACAAAGUAUGGGCAAUCGCAGCGAUAGUGGUGACGGCGAGACGGAGAGCGAGCCCAUGCUGAAUUUCCGCAGCUUGGUCGCAGCUGUUGGCGUCAAUAUCAAUGAUGGUUCUAUGAUUAACCAGACAGAGACGGCUGAGGGUGUGGGUAGUCCACUUGCCCAGGUUGAUGAAGAAAAGGAGGAGUCUGGCGCCGAGCACAUAGAGCGAAGCCUUAGGGUCGAAACUUCCGACAUGAGCAAGGAGUCUACUUCUAAUGCUAGCGACGCAGCGAACAGUUCACAAAACAUACCACCUUUUCUCGACACGCCGGAGCUGACCAUUACUCCUGACACUCCCAUAGUCGAAGAUGGUGCUGAAGAUAAACAGCUGGGACAUCCUAGCGUG